AUGUCUAGCAAUUACAUUAGACCAGACACUUGCCUGAGCUUUUUUCUCGGCGCCAGCACCGCACUCGUCCUCACUUUACCCGUUAUUUACUUUUUUGGAAGGAAUCAAUCUCCUCCAAUGUCAUCCAUUACGCUCCCCUGUUCUACCGAGCUGGAUGAUGCUGCACGAAAAGUGGGGUGCGACGAUGAUGGAGAUGUUCUUUCAGGCUUCAUUGCACUGAAUGAGUCGGCAACAACUGAACUACAUACCAAGUUAAACUGGAAUCGAUCAGCCAAUCUCAGUAAAUUCUUUAUAAGAUGGGGUCGGAAGUACCCAUCAGACCGUCGCAAACUGGAGGAGGUAUGUGGUAGGAAGAGCCAAAGCUGUCGUGGCAGCAACACUCCAAAUACACGCCAAAUUCAAGAUGCUUUCAUCAUCCCAGCAGAGAUUCCGGUCAUUCUUCGGCCCCUUGCGCCUGAAGUCAAUACACUUUUGUGGAAAUAUGGUUGUGAGCAGGAUUGCUUAUCCAGCAGUAAUCAUGAUGAUCAACUUGCAGUUCAUUUGGCUCUCUCACGUGCUUUGCAAAAUGGAAAGGUGCUUUGGGGCCAUUUUUCACGGGCCGUCAUACAACUUGAUGAACAGAUUGUUGUCAAGCUUGGGCAUAAUUUGCUUCUAACCGACGCCGAUAUUACAGCCUAUAUUCAGAGUCUCUCGAAGGAUAUUCCAGUUCCUCGCCCCCUAGGAGCAAUUUCUAUCGGCAAGACAACCUACAUGUUCAUGACUUUUAUUGAAGGCUCAUCUUUGGAUAAGCUCUGGUCUUCCCUCUCUACAGAAGAAAAAAUUUCUAUCCAAGGUCAGUUAGAUGUUAUUCUAAAGAAACUUAGAAUGCUCCCUCUAUCUUCUCAUUACCUUGGUAGUGGUAAUCCACCUUACUGCAUUGACUGCAGAAUGUGGAAGCGGGUAAGUCCACAACAAAUUGAGAACGAAGCUCAGUUCAAUGAAUUCCUCAUCUCAGGUAACCACCCACCUACAAUGAGAGCCUAUGUUGAGUUUGUACACUCUAUGCUACGUAAUGAUCACCGAAUUGUCAUGACACAUGGUGACUUGCAUCCACGGAAUAUAAUGGUUAGCAAGAAGCAAGAUCAAUCCAUUCAAGUGACCGGGCUUGUUGACUGGGAGCUAGGCGGAGCUUACCCGGAGUAUUGGGAGUUUCUAAAGUCUCUUAAUACAAUGCUACCUGUACGCAGCGGCGAUUGGGUCUUCUUUCUUCCACAUAAGGGCAUGGGGAUGUACUUUGCUGAGUUUGCUAUUGAUCAAUUCGUUGAGAAACUUGUGUCAUAGAUAGACAUUUU